CUUUGGCUUCUUUCUCUCUGCAGAAAACUGCAAACUCUCCACCAAACUGCAUAGCAAACCAUCUCCACCAUGUCUCUUCUCACCCACCUGCUGGCGUGUCUCUUUGGUACGGGCUCCUGGGUCUCCGUCAACGGUCUGUGGGUGGAGCUGCCUCUGAUCGUCCCCCACAUCCCAGAGAGCUGGUACCUGCCCUCAUACCUCUCCAUUCUCAUCCAAAUGGCUAACAUUGGGCCUCUCUUCAUCACCCUGAUGCAUCGCUUCCACCCUGGUGUCCUGAAUGAGACAGCUGUCAUAUAUGUGAUCAUCAGCCUGGGCACUGUGGCCAGUUUCUUGCUGGGUUUCUUCUGGAAGGACACGGCUGUAGUGGCAGGUGUUCCACGCAGUGUGGCCCUCCUUGCCUUAACUUUCUUCCUGGCUACUGUCGACUGCACUUCCUCUGUCACCUUCCUACCCUUCAUGAUGCGCCUUAAGCCUCAGUAUCUCACCACCUACUACAUUGGAGAGGGUGUGAGUGGCCUCCUGCCUGCUCUGGUGGCUUUGAUCCAGGGUGUUGGGGUGGUUCACUGUACAAACAACACACAGUUUUGGAACCACACCCUGAACUCUUACAACAGCUCUGUGACCUUUGACCUCCAGGCCCAGUACCAGCCAGCAAACUUCUCCACUGAGGUGUUUUUCUUCUUCCUGAGUGCCAUGAUGCUGGUGUGUCUGGCGGCGUUCCUGCUGCUGAACUACCACCCAGAUGUGGCCAGGGAGCAUCCCAGCAGUCGAUCCACCAACAGGGUGAAAGAGAGGUCUCAGAAAAACAGGAAGUGGGUCGAAGAGAAGCCCAUGAUGGAGCCAUCCAGACCUGAAAACCAUAAACACAGAAGCAGCUUUGGCACUGGUGCUUACAGCUGGAUGCAGGUGUUUUACAUCUUUGCGAUUCUGGCCUGGGCUAAUGCACUGACCAACGCGGUGCUACCCUCAGUGCAGUCCUACUCAUGCAUGCCUUAUGGGAACAAGGUCUACCAUUUGUCAGCAACCAUGGCUGCUGUGUCCAACCCUCUGGCAUGCUUCAUCGCCAUGUUCCUCCCCAUAAGAUCCCUACUGCUGAUGGGGGCCCUCUCAGUGAUCGGCAGCGCAGUGGGAGCUUAUAUAAUGGGCAUGGCAGCGCUGAGUCCGUGUCCGCUGCUGGUUCACGAAACCUCAGGUGGUGUCAUUAUUGUGUUCGCCUGGAUCGUUUGUGUUCUCACUCUGUCCUAUGUGAAGGUGAUCAUCGGUGUGAUCCUGCGUGACGAGGGUCACAGCGCCCUCGUGUGGUGCGGAGCUGUAGUGCAGCUAGGCUCUCUGCUGGGAGCUGCCACCAUGUUUCCACUGGUCAGCGUGUACAGCUACUUCUCAUCAGGAGACCCGUGCAACACAAAAUGUCCUUAAAGAAUUCAUUUGUUAAAAGGAAA